GGACAUAAAAAACAAAUGAACAAAUGAUAUAGAUAUUUCCACCGAUCAAUCUAAAAUUCUCAAAAUAUUUCUCCAUAAUAAACAUGGAAUAUCGUACGUUACGACACACGGUACGUCAAAAAUUUAAUUAAUACGUCUAAAUUCCUAUUAUAAAAAGGAGACCCGUGUACAGAUCGAUAUCGAUAUUUCUCGAAGAAAUAUCUCGAAAAUGCGUAAGCGUAAGACAGAAACCGAAGCGACAUCUGUCGAUUAUAUUAGUCGCACAUUGGGCUGGAACAAAUGAACCGGUAAAAACCAUCACAUUUGGCAACGUGUUUGAGUGUUUUUAUCCUAUUAUAAAAAGGAGAUAAUUUAUAAUCGUGAAACAUCAUGACAUCUCCACCUAUUAAAUAUACGACCAACAGAGCCAUUGAUCAUUUCAAUGUUGCAGCUACACUCAUGAAAAUCAUCGGCUACGUCGACUGCAUUGAAGGCCUGAGAGAGUUGCCAAAGUCUCCAUCUAAGUGGAUUUACAAGUGCAUUUUAAAUAACAAUGAUGGCAGAAGGGUUCGCAUACUUUGCUCGGGGGAUGAUGCUCUCAAAUACAAGGAUGAGAUCAAGAUGUAUCAGAUAAUAAAAAUCACUGGAGGGAUUAUUAAAGCGGCCAAUCCACAGUAUCGGCGAUCAACGGACACUGUGAGCGACAAAGAAUUUCAAUUUGCACGUAGGAGCACUUUCGACAUCUUUGGCACAUUUAACAUUACGAAUGGAGCUGACAAUGGAAGGUCGAAGGUCAUCUCAUAUAAAAAAUUGAGAUGGAGAACGUUUGUGCUGCUCGCGGGCCAGUCCAGAUCACUGGAUGGCUCAAAGAGCCAUUCAGAAGCAUUACCACGAAACUGAAAGCUGAAUAGCUUUAAUGACGGGCUAUUUACUCUGGAAGUUCAAUUGCAAAAUUGAAAAUUUUUUCUAUAACAAGUUCUAAACUGUUAUUUUUUCACACAAAAAUUGAGUUCUAUAACAAGUUUAACACUGUUAUUUUUUUACGCAAAAAUUGAAUUCUAUAACAAGUUUAAUACUGUUAUUUUUUUACACAAAAAUGAAACAUUGACAAGCUUGAGCUCUUUAAGAAUCUGAUUUUUUACUUUUAAAGACUGCCAACUUCAUAGCAGUAAGGUUAAUACUCAUUUAGCUUUAACAACCAAAACAGGUGGAAUUAUAAUAAUCUAUUCAUGAACAUUAGUAUUUAUUCAGAAUUUAUUUCAAUAUAUGGCCCUGUUUUUGAAGAAAAAGUAUUACUAAACAUUUGUAUUUUUUAUAUAUAACAGAGAAAACUGAAGACUAAUUAAUUUUAUGAUUAAAGUAGAUAAAGCCCUCCGGAAUCACAGAUAAGUGAUACAAAGGAUGUAUUCAUGUUAAUGUUUGUUCAUAGUUCUUAACAUAUGUUGUAAUGUCAAUUAUAAUUGUUGGAACAUUAUUUUUGUUUUCAUUUCAAAAUCCGUCCCACUCCUGUAAAUGUUUAUUGAACGCAAGUGGCAUAGGUUUGGAGUUAAUGGUUUCAUUAAUAAAAAUUUAAAACGCGAUUUUUUUGCAGACAUUCAGUUUGAACCUUCCCUACGGUUGUAAGUCGCAGGUAUACACCUUAGUGCGGCAACAAUGUCUCCUGCACUACUACUCACGAAAAAAAAUUCGCAAGCAGCGAUGUUCUUGGUUAUGUGAAGGGAAUAAAUAAUCUCAAUCGCAUAAUUUGAUGUUCACAAAUAAUUAGAAAAUCUUUAAUUAUUAGAUUAGAUUAUUAUGAGACUAAGAACGCCCUCUUCCUGACUUGACUGAUUGCUGUCGCUAUUAUAGCUAAAUCUCGAAUUUGCGGAAAUGUUCUCGAUUCUGUAUACCGUAUGCUGCCUCGCACUGUAUAGUAUAUGCAAUCUUAGAGCAAUCGAAAUAUAUUAAGAUUUUCCCAAUUGUCUUUUUCCAUGAGUUUUAAUUUUAACUUCGAAGAUAGAAUAAGAGCAUUCAUUUUCUAGAGUUUUCAAUUCUUAUGAUUUGGAAAAGAUGGCGCGUGC